AUGGCAGGAUGGUACGGCUUGGUGGCCGCCAGAACAUAUCUUCGCUUGCGACCUGCGACCAACCUCGUCAUUAUCGACAGUGACAGCACAGUGGGAGGAGUGUGGAGUCGGGACCGUGUCUAUCCUAAUCUCGUCGCUCAAGUCCGGCUUGGGUUGUUCAAUUAUACCGAUACUGCCAUGGCCCCCAAUGGUGGCGACUCAAAAGAUGAGCAUGUCACCGGAGACAUGGUCCAUGGCUAUCUCCACCAGUACGCGGAGGACCAUGAUCUACUACGCCGGAUUCGCUUCAAAACCUUCGUUACAAACGCGGCACGGGAAGAAGGCGACAAGGAAUACUCCAGCGAUGUUAUCCGAACAGAGAAGCUCCUCGUCUGCAAAGGAGUAACAUCAAUCCCCUAUACCCCGGAGUACCCGGGAGCCAAUACCGCCACGGUUCCCAUCAUUCAUUCACGGGAUCUGGGCAGCUCAAUUCCCAUACUGCAACACAACGCGUCAGUGGAGCACUUUGCCGUGGUGGGCGCGGCAAAGUCCGCCUAUGAUGCCGUGUAUUUACUCCUCUCUAUGGGUAAGAGAGUAACCUGGAUCAUCCGGCAGAAUGGUGCCGGCCCGCUGGCAAUAAUGCCGUUUAAGGUUCUGGGGCUGGUGAACACCAUCGCUUUUGCAUCGACCCGCCUGAUGACGUAUUUGACCCCAUCAAUCUUGAACGUCAAGGGAUCGUUGUGUUGGGCGUUUCAGCGAACCCCUGUCGGGCGGUGGUGCGUUGGUAGAUUCUGGGAUGCAUUGACCGGUUUGAGUCACGCCCAUGCGGGAUACUCGAAGGGCGAUCAUGUUCAGAUGCUGAGACCGGAAAUUGACCGACAAAGUGUCUUCUGGGCCAAUUCCGGAUUGGGCGUCGUCACGCUCCCUGAUUUCUGGCCGACUCUGCAUAGUCCCAACCUGACCGUGCUUCGGGAUGCGAUUGACAGUAUCAAUGGCAAUCAUCUCUCCCUGCAGUCCGGGAAGACACUCCAGGUAGACGGUCUGGUCCUCUGCACCGGUUGGGGAAAUCACUUCGACAUGUUCGAUGACAAGACCAAGGCCGAGCUGGGACUUCCUGUAUCCUCGCCCGAGGUACCACCGUCCUCGGACGGGGUUGUCGACUGGAAGAAAUACGAUGCCGCGGCUGAGAAAGUGGUGGACCAGCAACUACCUUUCCUGGCGGAUCCCCCGAAUUUGAAGUAUAAUGAUUGCAUUCGGACGAUUCCCCCGAGCCAGUGGAGGCUGUAUCGUCGCGCAAUCUCAGUCGGCCUGGCGCAGAAAGAGGACCGUUCCAUCGCCAUCCUAGGGCAGAUCCACACCGUUCAGACGCCUCUGGUCUCAGAGGUACAGUCAUUCUGGAGUAUCCUAUAUCUACUCGGGGAACUGGACCUGCCAAGUGUGGAUGAGAUGGCGCAGGAAGUCUCGCUGUGGAAUGCGUGGACCCGGAAGAGGUAUCUUACACAGGGGCAUAAGCUGCCGUACUCUCUAUACGAGUUCCUCCCGUACGUCGAUACUCUUUUCCGCGACCUAGGAUUGAACAGCCGCCGCAAGUCCAAUCCAGUGGCUGAGCUCCUGGAGCCAUACAAGCCAGAGGAUUUCAAUGGGUUUAUCAAUGACUAUCUGGCAAAACAUAGUAGUCCCAUACAUGCGUAG